UAUGCAGGCCCAACCCAAGUAUUUCUUAGUCCAUUUCAGAUCUUUCUUCUCAACUUUUUUUCCAGAACACAAAACGAAUCUACAUCAAAUCGUCUCCCUCUGAAUUUCGAUCCCAAGCAAUUCUCGCGCCCUUUGCUCUGAGGGGAAAAAAAGAAGAAUAUGAAAUGGGAGGAACCAGAGGGCAAAAGCUUUCUGGAAUGCAAAAGCAAGUACUUAGCUUAUACAGAGGAUUUCUACGUGCAGCACGUUCCAAAUCUGAGGAAGAACGCUGCAAGAUAGAGUCUGUGGUAUGUCAAGAGUUUCGGCGUAAUUCCAAAGAAGUGGAUCGGAAGAAUUUUCAAUACAUUGAAUAUUUACUUCGACGUGGCCAUAAACAGCUAGAUCAGCUCAGGAACCCUGGCACCACUGGCUUAUCUUCUUUGCAACUUGAUUUCUCUAAGUGAAAUUUUAAAAUACUUUUCAUAAAGAUGUUGUCAAUUUAUUAUUCUAAAUUAACUCAAUAUUGAAAUGCUUGCCUUUUUUUAUGCAGAAAAAUAAAUGAAUUAGUUGAUA